AUGGGUCACUCUUCGUUCCCUCCGAAGCACCUGGUGUUGGCUGCUGUCGGCAGACAGGACCCCGGGCUAGCGAUUGGACUGACCCAGCGUGGCUGUUCUUCUCUUCUUAGGGGCAACGUGGACAGAGAAACGGGCUCAGAGGAGGAUCUCGGCGGGGGGCCCCCAUUCUGGACAAGAUCGCACGGACAAUGCGGUGGGGUGAGGAGAGCGGUCGGCUGGCUGAAUGGAGAGGAAAAGCUAGAACUUGAGGACGUCGGGCGGCAACCACAAGAUUUGCACGGAGUCCGCACGUGGGAGGGAGGCCCGCGUCGAUGGCGACAGACUCCUGCCCGCCGGUGCCCGGAGCGUCCCCAGGAAAUUUGGAAAGGAUUGGCCGUGGCAUCCGGAAGUUGUCGCCUGAUGUGUGGGUGGAGAUGCACCGGGACAACCAGGGGCGAGAUUAGAAUCAUCCGGGAGCUGAGCUCCGUCUCGGGGAAAGAGGCGUCUCUGCCCCCCCCCCCCUCCUGUUCUCUGUCUCUCGGAGCCACCCAGCAAGUUGGGGCGGACCCACGGCCGGCUAGAUCUGGGGAGCUCGCUGUGCUUCAAACCCCCCCUCGAAAUUUGCCAAGGGUCCACCUGGCACCGCAUGUGGGGGCCCCCCCAAAUUUCUUGCCCAGCUCUAGGUCAGGAGCUCUUGUGCCUGGGAUGGAUUUUGCCACCUUGGGGGGGCAGGAGAUGACCCCCCAUUUCCUGGAGCCCCCCCUCCUGCCGCCGGCCGAUGAAUCCGCGGUCUUCUUCCACGGAGCCGAGGGCGGGGACCCCGGGGCCCUCGCUACCUACUUCUCCCGGACACCGGAGUCCUACCGCAGCACGCCGGCGCGCCCCAUGUACCCCCUCCUCAAUGGGCUGCAGUGGGUGGACGGGCACCCGUAUGCCACGGCCGGCUGGACCCCCGUCUCCUACGGCAAGCCCCAGGCCGGGGUCCCCCUCUAUCCGGCUCCCCCCUCCUCCUCCUCCUACAGCCCCCCCUCGCCCAAGGAGCAGCCCCCCGAGGACAAGGGCAGCCCCAAGUUCCUGGAGAUGUUGAAGACGGAGCCGACGAGCCCCUCCACCACCGAGCUGCUGACGUUGGGGUCCCCUGCCGGGGCCCCCCACCCCGCCUACACCGGGACCCCGGAGUUCGGGUUCUACCAGCCCAGCGGGAGCCCCCUGACGGCUGGGUACUCCCCCAAACUCAGGGGGCCGCUGCAGCUGUCCCCAUGCGAGGCGCGGGAGUGCGUGAACUGCGGGGCCACGGCCACCCCCCUGUGGCGCCGGGACGGCACCGGGCACUACCUGUGUAACGCCUGCGGGCUGUACCACAAGAUGAACGGGCAGAACCGGCCGCUCAUCCGGCCCAAGAAACGCCUGAUCGUCAGCAAACGAGCGGGUACCCAGUGCAGCAACUGCCAGACGACCACCACCACGCUCUGGCGCCGCAACGCCAGCGGGGAGCCCGUCUGCAACGCCUGCGGCCUCUACUACAAACUGCACAACGUCAAUCGCCCCCUGACGAUGCGGAAAGACGGCAUCCAGACCCGCAACCGCAAAGUCUCCGGCAAGGGCAAGAAACGCCGGGGGGCGGCUCCGGGCGAGGGGGGGGCUGGGCCCCCCACCCCACUCGAACUGCUCUCCCCCCUGGGCGAGGACCCCGGCUCCCUCUACGCCCUGAGCCCCAUGGUCCUGUCCAGCCACCUGCUCCCCUUCUCCCCCUCCACCCACCUCCUCGGGCCCCCCCCAGCCGCCUACCACCCCCCCCACCGCCUCCCCGGGGGCAGGCGCCUCGCUGGGGUGAUGGGGGGCCCCUCGGGGAAGGAGGCUGAGCUGGAAAGAGGGGGCAGCUGGGGGGAUAUUGGGGUACAGCUGUUCAGGGGGUUGCCCCCCCCCAGCCACAGAUUCGGGGAUUGGGACAGAGGGGGCAGAGUGUUGGGGUACAGGGGCAUUCUCCUCAGCUCAGCAGCCGCAAGGAUUGGGGGCCACCCCCCGUCUGUCCCAUCGCCCCCCCAUACGCACGCACCUGUCCAUCCCCCCUAGACCCCCAUCUGUCCCUCCCUCCAUCCACCCGGCCACUUUCGAAGGAAUGACCCCUCAUUUCUACCCUCCCCUGUGCCUGGGUUUCCCCUUCAGCACCCCCAAAUCCUCACACAGGGGGCUCCCCCUACACCCUUCGCCCCUUGUGGUCCCCAAAAUGAACCCGUGUCCCCAUGAUCCAGCACUGGCUGCGAUAGGACCCCCCGUUUUUACUCUCCCUUCUGGCACCCCAAUAUAUUGUGGGUUAACAAAAUAUAUGGAAACUGCAUUUUAAAAUAUAUUAUAUAUUUCUUGUAAUGA